AUGAAGUUGCUGCUGCUGUGUUUGGGACUGACCCUAGUCUGUGCCCACCAUACACACGAUCAUGAUGAAAAACAAAAUUUUGAUAUAGAAAAGAUUUCAGGGAGUUGGUAUUCCAUUUUAACGGCCUCUGACAACAAAGAAAAAAUAGGAGAAAAUAGUCCCAUGAGGAUUUUCGUGGAACACAUUGAUCUUUUGAAGAAUUCUUCUUUGUCUGUUAAAUUUCAUACAAAAGCAAAUGGAAAGUGUACUGGACACUAUUUGAUUUGUAACCCAACAGAAAAAGAUGGCGUAUUCAGUGUUGGCUAUAAUGGACUCAAUACCUUUUGCAUAGUUGAUACUGACUAUGAUAGCUACGUUACUUUCCAUACCGUGAAUGAAAAUUAUGAGGGAACAUUCCAUAUUUUGGAGAUCUUUGGCCGAAACGAAGAUUUAAGCCCACAUGUCAAGGAAAAGUUUGUGCAACUGUGUGAAAAAUAUGGAAUUCCUGAAGAAAACGUAGUUGACCUGACCAACGAAGAUCGAUGUCUCGAGGCCCGAGACGGGGAGGUGUUUGAGGCCUUCAGGUUGGUAAUCUCUGACUCUGGCCGAAACGAAGAUUUAAGCCCACAUGUCAAGGAAAAGUUUGUGCAACUGUGUGAAAAAUAUGGAAUUCCUGAAGAAAACGUAGUUGACCUGACCAACGAAGAUCGAUGUCUCGAGGCCCGAGACGGGGAGGUGUUUGAGGCCUUCAGGUUGGUAAUCUCUGACUCUGUGCUGAGUGAUGUCUCCUCACGUGGAUUCCAGCAUCUUCCCUUCCUGGUCACUACAUCAUUUAAUGACAAGUUCUGUGACCUGAUUUGUAUCACUAUCACACAUGAAGGAAUUGUCCCUGCGUCUUCAGGCUCUUCCUUAAUUGCCUAG